GACAGAAAUGAAUUGAAGACUUCACAAAAACAUUUCUGUACACCGUUAAAUAACGAUACACAUACAUUCAAGGUAUAAUGGAAGGGAAAGCUGUUAUCAUUUUCUUUGGAUUUAUAGCAUGUGCUUUUGCUGUAUAUUCACCCAAAGGCGGGAAAGCUUGUGAAAUUGAAUGCUCGAGUCAUUCAGAAUGUCCAGAAGGUCACAGUUGUCAAACUGAAGGAUGUGAUCGUAUGUGCAGACCUAGAAGAGUAAUUUUAUCAAAUUCAGCAGUUAGAUCAGACAUAUUUUCAUCUGGAUGUCUUCAGAGAUGUAUGGACCGAGGUAACCUAGGUUGCAGAAGUCUGUGUCAGCGUAGUGAAGAUUCAUUAUCGGGAGGCCAAAUCAAUCCUGGCAGAUCCUUAGACAGUAGAUUCCAAGAUGCUUUAGUAGAUUCUAUUCGGUCAGAUAGUCUUGUUAGACAUACCUCGUCAGUAGGUGAUUCUAUUCGGUCAGGUAGUCUUGUUAAACAUAUGUCGCCAGUAGGUGGUUCUAUUCUGUCAGAUAGUCGUCUUGGACGUAUCUCACAAGUAGGUGAUUCUAUUCGGUCAGGUAGUGUUGGAAGACAUAUCUCGCCAGUAGGUUCUAUAGGGUCAGGUAGUCUUCUUGGACGUAUAUCUCCAGUAGGUUCUAUUCGGUCAGAUGGUUUAGUUGGACGUAUCUCGCAUGUUGAUUCAAUUUUAAAUAAAGGCUGUCAAAAUACAUGCAUUUCACGAGGCUGCAACUUUAACGAGGAAUGUGUAACACGAGGUGGAUGUUCUGUAUGUGUUCGUGCCAAGACGUACGCAUAAAAAAAUACAACAGAUGACAUAAUAUAUUGUGCAAUAUUAAACUGAUUUUUAUCCAUGUAUCGUGAUAUUUUAUAAUUUUGUAUUGAUACACAAAUAAAGUAUUUAUUAUA